AUGCAAUGUCAGCUAUUUAGGACAGAAACAUCCAAGGCCGUGUCAGAACUCAAUUACGACUACAUAUGCAUUAAGGCAGGAACUGGCAGGCCUCUGGCUGAAAGGGCUGCACUGGAACAAUACAGAAGAGAUAUUCUACACAUUAAUCUACUUAUCUGGAAUCACUUUGACUCUAAAGGCCAGAGAAAAAUCACAGCUUCCUUGUUGGAGGGGAAAAGGACAGGUGAUCUGGUAAAAACGCAGCUACACCUGGAGCAAGGUCUCUUCCCGGCUUUGCAAUCCCAACUGUGCCGCGCUUCAGGACCCGAGUCGUCCCAGAAACCAAAGGGCAGGCACGGCAGCAAACGCCUGAGUGCUGCUGCCUUUGGUGCCUAUGUGAGAAUGGAAACUUCUAAGGAAGCCAGGUUGUUAGAAUUGUUACCCCCUUUACUUGGAGAUAACAUAGAUUAUCCAGGCUGAGAUGGAAAACAAGCCCUUUAUUGAAUUUUCAACACAGACUCCCUGCUUCUCAUCUCCUUAAUAAAAUUUCAUUAAAAUCCCCUGGAAUUCCCA